AUGAAAUUAACCAAUUUAUUAGCUUCCGCCUCUUUAUUAGGUGCUGCCGCAGUCGCUGCUCCAGCCAAACAAGCCCAUCAACAUAAGGAUAAACGUGCUGUUGUUACCACUACUGUUCACACUCAAGUUACCGUCGUUGUUACUGCUGGUCAACAAAAUGCCGUUCAAACCAAUGUCGUCGAAACUGAUGAAGUUGAAACCACCAAUGUUGCUGCUAUAAAUGAAAAUGUUGUUUUAGGUUCCUCUAACAACAACAACAACAACAACCAAGCCAAUACUGAAGCUACCCAAGCUACUACCCAAGCUAACACUGAAGAAACUGUUGAAGCUGCUCAACAAGCCUCUACCAAGCCAGCUUCUACUGAAGUUGAAUCUUCUCCAGUUGCUUCCACUCAAGCUGCUUCUACUCAAGCUGCUUCUACUCAAGCUGCUUCCACUAAAAGUUCUGCUUCUUCAGGUGAUUUCUCAGCUUCUGCUAAAGGUAUUUGUUACACUCCUUACACUGACCAAGGUGGUUGUAAGUCAUCCUCCGAAGUUGCAUCCGAUUUGCAAACUAUAAACAGUUAUUCUACUUUACGUUUAUAUGGUACUGACUGUAACCAAGUUGCUAACGUUAUGCAAGCUAAGGCUUCUGGUCAAAAAUUAUUCUUAGGUAUCUAUGAUGUCUCUGAUAUUCAAGGUUCCGUUGAUGCCAUCAAAUCUGCUGUUGAAGCUUACGGUUCUUGGGAUGAUGUUAUGACCGUUUCCGUUGGUAACGAAUUAGUUAACGGUGGUCAAGCUACACCAUCUCAAGUCGGUCAAUACGUUGCUACUGCCCGUGCUGCUUUAUCCGCUGCCGGUUACUCUGGCCCAGUUGUUGCCGUUGAUACUUUCAUUGCCAUCAUCAACAACCCUGAAUUAUGUCAAUAUUCCGAUUACAUGGCUUGUAACGCUCAUGCUUACUUCGAUCAAUACACUACUGCCCAAGAUGCUGGUCCAUGGGUUUUGGAACAAAUCCAAAGAGUUUACACAACUUGUGGUGGUUCUAAGAGUGUUACUAUUACUGAAACUGGUUGGCCAUCAAAGGGUGAAACCUAUGGUGUUGCUGUCCCAAGUAAGCAAAACCAAAGAGAUGCUAUCGACUCUAUCUCUCAAACCUGUGGUAACGAUGUAUUCUUAUACACUACUUUCAAUGAUUACUGGAAAGCUGAUGGUCCAUAUGGUGUUGAAAAAUACUUCGGUAUUUACUCAAGCGAAUAA